ACCCGGAUAAACCGAGGCACGAGCCGGAAUACACCACCAGACUUAAAGCUGGCAUCGUCAACAACGACACCACAGCAGCAGACGCCGGCGAGAAUGUCGCGCAAACGGCCACGUGACAGUUUGGCCAAUGUAACGUCCGGUAGCGGGGGUAACACCGGCACCGGUCGACUCUCGAUCGCCGAGACAGUCUCAAUAACGAUCGAUCCGAAUGGCGAGCUGGAGGAUCGGCUAGUAGCUACGCAUCAGCCAAGUUCCACACGGCAAUCGAGCAAUGGCACACCGGACAGUAUGAACGGAAGCAGUAGCCGUUUUAGCAGCAUCCGGCUGGUAGACGAUGGCAUCGAGCCGGCGCACGGAGAUCACUUUUGGCCACCGAACAACGAGGGCGCCAUGAAUGGGCACGUUAACUUUGGUGCGCUACCGGUCGCGGAGGAGCAGCAGCGUCCACGGUCGGCCGAUCCGGCCCCAUCGCCGCCGUCCAUCUCGUCGUCGAACGGUUCGUCGUCGAUGGCCACCUCGUCCGGUUACACCAGCCAGCAGGCUAGUGGCGUAGAACACAGCCCGCCGGUGACGAUUUGCAAGCAAGCCCCAUACUCAACAGAAAUCGAUGCGAUAACGGAGCGUGAACGAUGCGACUACACACAGAAAAUCACAUACCAGAUGGCGCGCUCCGGAACGGCACCGCGAAUGAUACGCGUCUACGCUGAUGGCAUCUACGAUCUUUUCCAUCAGGGCCAUGCCAGACAGCUGAUGCAGGCCAAGAACGUGUUUCGCAACGUGUACCUGAUCGUCGGAGUUUGCAACGACAAACUGACACACAGCCGGAAGGGCCGAACGGUGAUGAACGACGAAGAGCGCUACGAGGCGGUGCGGCACUGUCGCUACGUCGAUGAGAUCGUUCGAGAUGCCCCUUGGGAGCUGGAUGAUGAGUUCAUCGAGAAGCACAAGAUUGACUUUGUGGCACACGAUGAAAUACCGUACAGCACGGACGACUGUAACGACGUUUAUGCGAAGAUAAAGGCCAAAGGCAUGUUCGUUGCUACCGAGCGCACCGAAGGCGUCUCGACGUCCGACAUCGUGGCACGGAUCGUGAAAGACUACGACAUCUACGUGCGCCGAAAUCUGGCCCGCGGAUACACGGCCAAGGAGCUGAACGUGUCGUUCCUGUCAGAGAAAAAGUUCCGCUUCCAGAACAAAAUGGUCGAGCUGAAGGAUAAGGUUAAGAAGGGCAAGGACGACAUCAUCAGCAAGUGGGAAGAGCGCUCGACCGAUCUGAUUAAAACGUUCCUACUAAUGUUCGGCAAGGAGCGAAUCUCAAUGUUUCUGUCCGACUCGAAGCAGCGCAUCCGGUCGGCACUCAGCCCGCCGGGUAGCCCGGGCAGUGGCAGCAAUCACAGCCUGAACGACUGCGACGACGACCCGGAGAGUCCCGAUUCGGUGCUCGAUUCGCCGCCUAGCAAGCGCUCGAAUGUGCUGCGCGGUGGUGACAUAGGCAUGGGCCGGAACCAUCUGUUGACCGAAUCUGAGGACGACGAUGGCCGACAGGAACUGAUGGCGGUGCCACGCGGACUCCGUGCAUCUGCCCCGGCGCUCGACCGAGACAUGCACGGCGAUGACGACGAUGACGAUGACGACGAUGAAGACGACGAUGCCUACGUGGACACGCGCUCGAGACCAACGUCAAGCUACAACAUUUCCGUACUGGCCGGUGGCGAUGGAAGCGGCAGCGCAGCCGCCGCCGCAUUAGGUAGCAGUAGUAGUGCCAGCGGUGGAGCUCGAAGCUACAGCAAUCGUCACUAUUAGGGUGCUGGAAUCCUCAAUACACCCAUGAGGAAUUAAACAAGCAGCUGUCCCAGCUCCCACAAAGAAGACCACUUGAUCACGUGAAAGAUACCGUUGCUGUUAAUGUUGCGCGAACCUGUGAUCACUUCUAUCUGUGAAAACAAAGGAAGAAAGGCAGCGACGACUAGAAUCGCUAAAAAACAGAACACGGAACACAAUCCUUGCCCGCCAAAUAUCUGCUACCUUUAGAGUAUUUAGUAGGACGCUAAAUCCCCUUUCGUCUACAAGUUCAACAAUCUUUCAUCCUAAACGUAUAAAAAGCAUUUCGGCGACGAGUUGCACAUCAACCGAACAUGGAAGAGGAACAAUUUUCAUUCCCAGAAUUGAACAUAUUUGGCUCUUGUUUGGUGGGAAACGAAGUGAUAGAAACUGACGACGAAACGAAGCUCGGAAAAUUCAGCAGAAGUUCCUUUCGCUGUCUGGUGCAACCGCGUGCAAGAAAACAAGAAAACAAGAAAAGUUAGGAUAUUGCUAUGUUUGUAUCUUCAGGGAUUAAUCGAACGAACCGGCGAAGGGAUGAUUUGAUUGAAGACUGCUGGUUUAUCCGUGCUUCUGUGUAACUCAGCAGGCAAGAAAGUUGAAAUCGGAAAAGAAUUGAACACGGUGAUGAUAAACGCAAGAUAAAUAAGGCACGCUAACGUAUAAGCAACCGGGUAGAUAACGUGCACGUGUCGGGACAAUGUAAUCCGCGCAGCAGACAACACGGGCACACACACAGGCGUUAGGGAAACGGUGAAAGACAGAGGCAAGCUUAGGUGUUAGGGCCAACGGAGCCAGAAAAGGGAAGCUUAUGCGCUAAAUUAUUAAUCGGAGGUUAUUUCUAUUAUAUAUUUAUUUUUUUCAUUGUUCUGUUCAAUUAUACGCGAAGGAUCGGUUGCAAAAUUUUA